CAUCAAUCAAGCAGUCACGCCCCGAAGAGCCAAUGAAAUAAAGGCACUGCCCUCCGUGCCCCGUUUUGAUUGGCCUAGAAUCCCGGAAGAGGCCUGAACCCCCGAGGAGACAGUGGCAAGAUGGCGUCCCUGGAUCGUGUGAAGGUACUGGUGUUGGGGGACUCAGGUGUUGGGAAGUCAUCACUAGUUCAUCUUCUGUGUCAGAAUCAAGUACUAGGAAAUCCCUCGUGGACUGUGGGCUGCUCAGUGGAUGUCAGAGUUCAUGACUACAAAGAAGGAACCCCAGAAGAGAAGACUUUCUACAUAGAAUUAUGGGAUGUUGGAGGCUCUGUGGGCAGUGCCAGCAGUGUGAAAAGCACAAGAGCAGUAUUCUACAACUCUGUAAAUGGUAUUAUUCUAGUGCAUGACUUAACAAAUAAGAAGUCAUCUCAGAACUUGAGUCGUUGGUCAGUGGAAGCCCUCAGUAGGGAUAUGGUGCCCACUGGAGUCUUAGUGACAAAUGGAGAUUACGAUCGGGAGCAGUUUGCUGAUAACCAAAUCCCACUGUUGGUAAUAGGAACAAAACUGGAUCAGAUUCAUGAGACCAAACGCCAUGAAGUUUUAACUAGGACUGCUUUCUUGGCUGAGGAUUUCAAUGCAGAAGAGAUUAAUUUGGAUUGCACAAACCCACGGUACUUAGCUGCAGGUUCUUCCAAUGCUGUCAAGCUCAGUAGGUUUUUUGAUAAGGUCAUAGAGAAGAGGUACUUUUUAAGAGAUGGUAAUCAGAUUCCAGGCUUUCCUGAUCGAAAAAGGUUUUGGGGAGGAACGUUUAAGAGCCUUCAUUAUGACUGAAUUACCCUCAUCCCUUGGAAGAGAGAGCACACAGUGGGGCAGUUGCCACAGCUUUCCUUUUGCUGUGUCAAUUAUUUACGUCUCAGCCUUUUGAUGGAAGCAACUUUAAAUGCUACCUUUACCCUUUAAUAGAAAAAUGAAAGGAGGCUACAACAUGGGAAGUCCAAACUCUGUCCCUGUUCUUUAUGUUCCCCACCUUUCUUCUGUCCCUGUUUAUAGAUCAUGUUCACAGCCUGGUGGAAAUAGGAGAUGUUUUCACAAGGAUGCAGUAAAUGAGCAGUGACAAGGUACUGCAGAGAAACUUUACUCUUUCUUGGCACGGAAGGGCUUUCCUUACGGGGCUGUAGUUUUCCCACACUCAUUGCUGAAGGCUUAAUUAAGUACUUCAAAAAUGUAUCUCUGUUCUGUUACCUCCUUAAGGAGAAAGGUUAGGUAACCAGUCCUGAGUUGUCCACCUCAAAUAAUCUCUCUCCUUUUCAAAGAGGCCAAUGGUGUUAUUUAAUUGUCUCUACCCUCAUUACACAGCAGGAAUGCCUAAGAAUAGCAACCCUCUCCUUUGCUCUCUAAAUGGCUUGGUGGCUGAGAGGGGCAGACUAAUAGAUGGAGUUAAAUAUAAAUAGAGAUUAAUAAUACAUAGAGAACAGCAGGACCAGAAAAGAAGAAUUCUGUGAGCAAUUGACAGCUUCUUCACCCUUUAGGUUGCAGCUGCCUGCAGUCUCAUACUCUUUUCUGUUUGGAUAGAGUAGGGAGAAAUCUAAAACCUGCACAAGGGCAGUAAAAGAUUGGAUGUUUACUCUUUGAUGUUUACUUUCUUUUUAAGGAAAUUCAGCUCCUGACUUGUCCCUUAGCAAUAAACAGUAAACGAAGAAUGUGAUUUUUGUAUCAACAAUGUAUUAAUGGGGAAAAAUGAAAAUAAGCAACAUAUAUAUAUAUAUGAAUUAUGAGCUAGGAUUCUUGGUUUCCAUAGUCACUACAAAGCUUUCUGCAUGUGUGUGUGUAUGUGUGUGUGUGAUCAUCUAUGUUCUUUCCCUCUCUGCUGCAGUUCUCCGCUCUCCUGAUUUUGCUCUAUAUUAUAAAGUAAUCAUUUUAGUUCUUGUUUUAACAUGAGGUAAAAAAGAACUAAAUUCAUUUUCUCUUCCAUGUUAAUUAAAUUUUAGAAGUACACUGGAAGUCAAGGUAGGCCAAGAGAGGAUAUUAAAAUGUUAGUGAGUACUUUGGGAGCAGCAGUCUGGGGAAUUUGCAAAAGCUUUUUGAAGGCACUUUUCAUCAGCUCACUUUUCUACUGUUCUUCUUGCCUCCCUCAUUGACAAGAGCUAGCACUGGUUGGUUUUGUUUUGUUUGUUUUUUAACAUAAAAUAGAGUCAUGCAGAUCA